AUGGCUGUCCCCACCGAGAUUGGUGGCCCUCCCGGGCUGCCUCUUGUCGGCAACAUCUUCGACCUACAGGACGAGGUCCCCCUGCGGGCCAUCGAGCGCAUCGCCGACAUACACGGGCCCAUCUUCAAGGUGAAGGCGCCGGGGCGGGAGUCGAUAAUGGUCAGCGGCUUUGACCUCUUCGACGAACUUUGCGAUGAAACACGGUUCUACAAGCUGCUCGGCGGCAAGCUGGCCAGCGCCGCGGACGCGUCUGGCAAGCCGCGGGGCCUGUUCACGCAGAGGAGUGAGAAGGAGGACGACUGGGGCCAGGCUCACCGCAUCCUGAUGCCUGCCUUUGGGCCGCUGGCCGUGGCUGAGAUGUUUGAUGAGAUGCACGACAUUGCCUCACAACUUGUUCUCAAAUGGGCAAGGCAAGGCCCGACGCACAAGAUCCAAGCCUCGGAAGACUUCUCGCGGCUGACGCUAGACACGAUCGCGUUGUGUGCCAUGGACUUCCGUUUCAACUCGUUCUACCAGGAGGACAUGCACCCGUUCGUCAAGGCCAUGAACACCACCCUGGGAGCGGCGAACAGCUCCGGACAACUUGCCGGACUCAUCACCAGGCUGUUCCCCUCGUACAACGAGGAGGUCAAGCAGAGUGUCAAGUUCCUGGAGGAUACCUCGCAAGAGUUGGUCCAACACCGACGUGACCACCCUACGGAGAAGAAGGACCUGCUCAACUCUUUGAUCAAUGGCAAGGACCCCAAGACCGGAAAGACGAUGAGAGACGAGCUCAUUGCCGCAAACAUGCAGACUUUCCUGAUCGCCGGCCAUGAGACGACGUCCGGGCUGCUCUCCUUCGCCUUCCUCCAGCUCCUCAAGAACCCAAACGCCUACUUCGCCGCCCAGGCCGAGGUCGACCGCGUGGCGGGCCACUCCAAGCUCGAGCCCAAGCACGUCAACGAGCUGAAAUACGUCAACGCCGUGCUCCGCGAGACCCUGCGCCUCACGCCGACCGCGCCGGCCUUCAGCCGCGCCAUCCGGCCCGAGAACACGGAGGAGCCCGUGUACAUCGGGGCGAGGGACCCGGACAGCAAGCACAAGUAUGAGAUCCCGCGGGGCAAGUCCAUCGUGUGCCUCAUCGGGAAGAUCAUGCAGGACCCCAAGGUGUUCGGCGAGGACGCCGCGGAAUUCAGGCCGGAGAGAAUGCUGGACGAGAACUUCGAGAAGCUGCCCAAGAACGCGUGGAAGCCGUUCGGGACGGGGAUGAGGGCGUGCAUCGGGCGGGCGUUUGCGUGGCAGGAGGCCGUGCUGGCGGUGGCGCUGAUCCUGCAGAACUUCGACAUGCGUCUGGACGAUCCCAACUACGAGAUGAAGGUCGUGCAGACGCUGACGCUGAAGCCCAAGGACUUUUACAUGCGGGCCAGCCUGAGGGAGGGCAUCACGCCGACGAUCCUGCUCCAGAGGCUGAGCGGUGAUAGGGCCACUGGUGGGCAGCACAAGGACGGUGUCCCCAAGGCGGUUGAGGCUGUGGCGACUGGUGAACAGGAUGUCUCCAUCUUGUAUGGGUCGAACACUGGGACUUGUCAAGCGCUGGCGCAGAAGCUGGCGGGGCAGUGUGCUCAGAGGGGCCUGCUGGCUGAUGUCCGGACGCUGGAUGCGGCCAUGGGUCAGGUUCCCAAGGACAAGCCGACGGUGAUUAUCACAGCCUCUUACGAGGGACUCCCUACCGAUGAUGCCGCGCGCUUCGUGGCAUGGUUGCAGAGCUUGAAGCAGGAAAGCGAAGAUAAGAAACUUGAUGGAGUCAGGUACGCCGUCUUUGGCUGUGGUCACAGCGACUGGGCCUCCACUUUCCAGAAGAUCCCGACGUCGGUGGAUGAUAUUCUUCCCAUCCUGGGAGCGGAAAGGAUCGCAGACCGCGGGUCAUCAGACGUCAGCAAACAAGACACCUUUGGCGACUUUGACACAUGGACAAGUGGUAAAUUGUGGCCAGCCCUUGGCCCGUACUUGUCGUCCUCCGAAGACUCGUCCAGAUUCUCUACCAUCCCGACCAUCGAGAUCGAACUCACCAACGAUGAGCGUGCCGCCCACCUGCAGCAGAACGUUCAAUGGGCCAAUGUCAUCGACGCCAAGGUCCUCACCGCGGAGGGCGAGCCGGAGAAGCGCCACAUCGAGAUCGAGCUUCCCUCGAACAUGACAUAUUCUGCCGGCGAUUACCUUGCCGUGCUGCCCCUGAACCCAAAGGAGUACGUCAGGCGGGUCAUGAACCACUUCAACCUGCCGUGGGACGGCACGAUCACCAUCAAGCCAGGCUCGGCAACCUCGCUCCCCACGGGGAAGCCAAUCGGCAUCUUCGACCUGCUCCAGGGCUACGUCGAGAUCUCCCAGCCGGCGACGAAGCAGGACAUCGAGGCGCUGGUCUCGACGUGCGGCUCGCCCGGUGUGAAGGAGACGCUGGCGGGUUAUCUCAACCCGGGUUCAUUCACCUCGGAGGUCAUCGAGAAGCGCAUCACCAUCCUGGACCUCCUGACAAGGCACAAGGCCGACCUCCCCCUCCCCUUCGCCACCUUCCUCUCCCUGCUGCCGCCCAUGCGCACCAGGCACUACUCCAUCUCGUCCUCCCCGCUGGCGUCGCCCCAAUCCGCGACCCUGACGUACGCCGUCCUCGACGCCCCGGCCUGGUACCAGCCGAACGGGGACUCCUCCUCCUCCGCAAAAACCAACGGCACUGCCGGGGAACACGAGCCCCGCCACCGCUUCCUCGGCGUCGCAGGCAGCUACAUGCGGUCCCUGACCCCGGGCGACCGCGUCCUCGUCUCGGUGCGCAGCACCAACAAGUACUUCCGGCUGCCGCUGGACGCCCGGGCGACCCCCGUGGUGAUGAUGUGCAACGGCAGCGGGAUCGCGCCGUUCCGCGGGUUCGUCCAGGAGCGCGCCACGCUCAUCGCCGAGGGCGGCAAGUCCCUCGCGCCCGCGGUGCUGUUCGCGGGCUGCCGGCGGCCCGGGCGCGACCAGCUGUACCGGGGGGAGCUGGAGGCCUGGGCUGGGCUCGGGGCGGUGGAUGUCAGGUGGGUUUUUAGUCGGGACGAGGAGGACGGGGGUGGGGGGGACGGGUGCAAGUACGUGCAGGACCGGAUGCUGAGGGACCGGGAGGAUAUCGACCGGCUGUGGCUUGAGGGGGCGAGGUUUUACAUCUGCGGGAGCAGGAGCCUGGCCAAGGGGAUCGGGGCCGUGGCGAGGCAGCUGAUUGCUGCCGGGGCCAAGAGGAGUGGGAAGGAUUACACGCCGGAGGAGGUUGAUGCUUUUGUCAAGCGGAUGAGGAACGAGAGGUUCGUCACGGACAUCUUCUGA